AUGUCCACCGCCAACAUUCUUACCGGCCUCCUCCUUCUCCUCCUCCUCUUCACACUCUCCUCAGCGCAGACUCCUCCGGCGCCAGAACCCGUCGCCGCCGAUGGACCUUCUUCUCCGGCGAACUGUCUAGUGAUUAUGCUAAACGUAUCAGACUGUCUCUCCUACGUUAAAGAAGGAAGUACUGAGACUAAACCCGAAGCUGCUUGUUGCCCGGAGCUUGCUGGAAUGGCUGAGAGCUCGCCGGAAUGCGUCUGCAAUCUUCUCGGCGCCGGCGCAUCGCCGCGUUUUGGUGUCAAGCUUGAUAAGCAGAGAGCUGAGCAACUUCCCUCAGUCUGCGGUGUGAAAGCUCCAUCUCCUAGCUUGUGUUCAGUUUUGGGUUUUCCGACGAUUACUCCAACCGGAAGUGAAGGUUCAUCAACAGGUUCUGAUGGGUCAAAAGACAAGAAAAAUGGAGUUACGAACACAAAGGAUCAUGGAGUAGCUUUAAACUCCCUUAUGUUGGCCUUGUUCAUGAUUUGUUAUUUAUUCUGA